GUUUCCGUGUUUAGCAGCUCGUUGGGACACCGCAGCAGUCACCAUGUCGGCCGAAGACGCUGCAGCAGCCGCUGAGGCAGUUGAGCAACUCACAGUGGACGAUGGCGACCUGAACCUAGACUUCGGCAAGAAGAAGAAGAAGAAGAGCAAGGUCAAGGAUGCAGAGGCGGGGGCGGAGGGCGAGGCGGCGGCAGACGGCGAGGCGGCGGCGGCGGCGGGCGGCGAGGAGGGAGACGACGAGCUCAGCCUAGACCUGACCCUGGGCAAGAAGAAGAAGAAGAAGAAGGCCAAGGCGCGGGCAGAGGACGACUUUGGGGGGAUGGAGGGCGAGGCGGAGGAGGGCGGCGAGCGCAGCAGCGGCGGGCUGCCGUGGGAGGGGUCUGACCGAGACUACACGUAUGAGGAACUGCUGGACCGCGUGUUUGGCAUCCUCAAGGCGCACAACCCGGAGCUGACGGGAGAGCGGCGGCGCACCACGCUCAAGCCGCCGCAGGUGGCGCGGGAGGGCACCAAGAAGACGGUGUUCACCAACUUUAUGGAGCUGUGCAAGAGCAUGAACCGCAACCACGAGCACGUGCUGCAAUUCCUGCUGUCCGAGCUGGGCACCAGCGGCUCGCUGGACGGCACGCAGCGGCUGAUUGUCAAGGGCCGCUUCCUGCCCAAGGCGUUCGAGACGGUGCUGCGCAGGUACAUCAACGACUACGUGCUGUGCAACAGCUGCAAGAGCGUGGACACGCUGCUGGACCGCGACUCGUCCACCCGCAUCAUGUUCCUGCGCUGCCAGCAGUGCUCCGCCUCGCGCACCGUGUCGGCCAUCAAGACGGGUUUCCAGGCGCGCACAGUGUCCCGCAAGAGCCAGCAGACCGGCUGA